AUGUGGAAAUCCGAUUGUCCAUUUUACGCACGAAUUGAAUUGUUAGCAGAUAAACUAGCCUUAAAUCUACCCAAUUUUAGAGUUACCAAGAUUGUUAAACAACCAAAUGAAUGGAAAGAAUUUAUUAAAUGGAUUAAAGAAACGCAUGGUUGGUCGAUAGAACAAUCACCAGUUGUCUGGAGAGAAUUAGUCAAUAAAGGCGGUAAAGGCAUUUUAAUCGGUGGAGCGAAUGAAUUUCAAGAGUUGUUAGCUGCUUGUUAUGGUGAACAAUGUUCAAUGCCAACUGAAAAAAUCUUACAGAUUGUUGAAGAUAAUAUUCGAUAUAAAAAUGAAGAAGAUGAAGAGAAGAGAAUAGAAAUUGCUAAUAGGAUACCUUCAACAGGGAUUUUAAUUAUUGGCGCAUCUACACCAGCGACUAAAGAAAUGCUUGGUAUUAUUAUGAAUGAGAAAAAAUUCACUGACGGUUUAAUCGAUUUAUACUUACAUGAUGUAGUGGAACGUCAUUAUUAUUUGUAUCAUUUACAAGAAAUGCUUCAAGAAGGAGCAUUUGCUAAAGUCAACAAUAUCUGCGUGCUUGAUGAUAUUGAUGAAUGCUUGUCAAUUGUGAAACAAGUGAUUAUUAUGGAUGUGGUCCCACGAAUAUGCUUAAAUGCUACAAAUACUGACAGAGAAGAGGAGGAGGAUGCCUGGGAGUCAAGAGAUCAGUGGUUACGACGAAGAUUUUUAUACUUUAAUAAACUUGGACAAAAGAUAAAAGAAAAAUGUCAGAAAUCAGUACGCAUUUUAAUAGCUGGUUAUCCAGGUUUAGGCAAACUAUCUGUGCAAACAGCAUCACCUAUAUGCUUUGAUUUGACAGCAUUAUAUAAAAUUGUGUCAACAAAAAUACCAUCAUCUCAGAUAGUUGGUCUAGUCAGACCAAUUGAACUACGCGUAAAGGCUACAAUAGCUAAACACUUGAAAGUACGCACAUGUGAUGUCACUGAUCUUGUGAUCUGGGGCAAUGCAGGUGGUUCAAUGUUUGCAGAUCUUUCGCGUUGUUGUGUUUCUUGUAGAACAGCAAUGGGUACAGGUGUUGUUGGUGGAUGUUUUCUUCGAUUUCCGGUAUUAAGUGUAGCUGAAAAUCCCAAAUGGUUAACUACUGAAUUGUUGAAUGUUGCUUUUAAAGAAAGCAGUAUGAAACAUGGAUUAGUUCAUGGGAAUGCUCUAAGUGAUUUAUUGAAAGAAUGGUGGAGUGUUAAUCAAAAUCAAAACGGACAGAUUACCUCACUUGUUAUGAUAUCAAAUGGUGACUGGUAUGGUGUCCCAAAAGGAAUUGCAUUUUCAUAUCCAAUUAUUUCUACUGGGAAUGGUAAUUGGUCCGUUGUAGAAGAUAUGCCUAUGACACCUGAAAGUGAAGCUCAGCUGAGAACCUGCAUUCAAAAUCGAGCUUAUGUUGUUUUGGGUGACAAAGAAGUUGACUAUGAUCCUAAUUUCCGACUUUACCUUAAUACAAAAUUAUCUAAUCCUCAAUAUGGUCCAGAUGUAUUUAGUAAAGCCACAGUUAUUAAUUAUACUGUAACAAUGAAGGGAUUAGAAGACCAAUUGUUAAGUGUUAUUGUGAAAUCAGAACGAUGUGAGUUGGAGGAACAAAGGGAAUCUUUAAUUAGAGAGACAAGUCAAAAUAAAAAACUUCUCAAAGAUUUAGAAGACAGUCUUCUACGUGAAUUGGCUACAAGUACAGGCAAUAUGCUGGAUAAUGUUGAAUUGGUCGAUACACUGGAAGAAACUAAAUUAAAAGCAAAAGAAGUCACUGAAAAGUUAGAAUUAGGCGCUAAAACUGCAAUCGAUAUUGAUAUCCUACGUGAUGGUUAUCGUCCAGCUGCUAAACGUGGCGCUAUACUCUUCUUUGUUUUAUCCGAUAUGUCAUCUGUGAAUUCAAUGUAUCAAUACUCGCUGACUGCAUAUCUUGACGUCUUUCAAAUCUCUUUACAUAAAAGUAUGCCUGAUGUUGUAUUACAGAGACGUCUUAAAAAUAUUAUUAAUAAACUUACAUAUAAUGUGUAUACCUAUGGAUGUACAGGUAUAUUUGAAAAGCAUAAACUUUUAUUCAGUUUUCAAAUCACUAGUAAAUUAGAAUUGAAUAAAGGCAAUGUAAGCGCAGGACAAAUGGAUUUCUUUAUUAAAGGUAAUAUAUCUAUAGAGAAAGCAAAACUUACUAAUCCACUGCCUGAUUGGUUACCUGAUUCUAGUUGGAAAGAUCUUUGUCAAUUGAUUGAACUAUUUCCAGAACAAUUUGCAUCAUUAUCUGAUGAUUUAGUGAAAAUGAAUAAACAAUGGAAGAGUUGGUAUGAAUCUGAUACUCCUGAAAGUACAACAAUACCAGGAAGUUAUGAAGAAAAAUUGGAUAGAUUUCAAAGUCUCUGCUUAUUACGUUGUUUUCGAGUGGAUAGAAUCUAUCGUGCUAUUACACUGUAUAUAGCUGAUAUCAUGGGUGAAGACUUUGUCAGUCCACCAAUAUUAAGUUUUACAACAAUUUAUGAACAAAGCACAUCAAGAUCUCCUAUCGUUUUCAUUCUCAGUCCAGGUUCAGAUCCAACAGCUGAUUUAAUGAAAUUUGCUGAAAGACAAAAUUUCGAUUUCAGUCGAAUUAAAUUCCUCUCUAUGGGUCAAGGUCAAGAGAAGAAUGCUGAAAGUCUCCUGGAAUUGUCAAUUUCUCGUGGGCAUUGGUUAAUGUUACAAAAUUGUCAUUUAUUAGUGAAAUGGUUACAAGUGUUGGAAAAAUAUUUAGAAAAAUUAACAAAACCUCAUCCAGAUUUUCGAUUAUGGUUAACAACAGAACCGUGUGAUUCAUUCCCGAUUGGUAUUUUACAACGUUCACUGAAAGUAGUCACUGAACCGCCAAAUGGUUUAAAAUUAAAUUUACGUGCCACUUAUCAUAAGAUAGCACCAUCCGCUAUGACUGAGUGUACGCAUACAGCAUUUCCUUCACUAGUUUAUACACUGGCAUUCUUUCAUGCUGUUGUACAAGAACGUAGAAAAUAUGGUAAAAUUGGUUGGAAUAUCGGGUAUGAUUUCAAUGAAUCCGAUUUUCGUGUUUGUAUGCAAAUAUUAGUCACAUAUUUACAAAAAGCUGUAGACGAAAAUGAAGUGAAAAUUCCAUGGAAUAGUUUAAAAUACUUAAUUGGUGAAGUAAUGUAUGGUGGACGAGCUAUAGAUGAAUUCGACAGACGUAUUCUGCGUACUUAUAUGGAUGAAUAUUUUGGUGAUUUUAUUUUCGAUACAUUUCAACCGUUCUAUUUUUAUGCGAAUGACAAUUUCCAGUAUGCUAUACCGAGUGGAACUACACGUGAUGAAUUUAGUCGUUAUAUCGAGUCCCUUCCGUUAACAAAUACUCCUGAAGUGUUUGGUCUUCAUUCCAAUGCAGAAAUAGGAUAUUAUACAAAUGCAACUAAAGAGAUUUGGAGUCAUCUACUUGAAUUACAACCACAAACAAGUAGUCAAACAAAUUCAACGAAUAGAGAAGAAUUUCUUAGUCAGAUAACUGAUGGUUUACUAAGCAGUCUUCCACAAGUAUUUGAUAGAGAAGCUUUAAAAAAGAAAUACGGUGUUAAUAUACAACCAAUUACAGUUGUACUAUUGCAGGAACUUGAAAGAUUUAACUUACUCAUUAAAAGAAUGGAUCAAUCUCUUAGAACAUUAAAACGAGCAUUGAAUGGAGAAGUUGGCAUGUCAGCUGAACUCGACAAUUUGUCACGAUCUCUUUACAAUGGUCAACUGCCAAAUAUAUGGCAGAGAUUAGCUCCAGCGACUAAAAAGUCUCUAGCCAAUUGGAUGAUUCACUUUCAUGAUCGUCAUAAGCAAUAUACUACUUGGAUUGAAAAUGGAGAUCCAGGUGUUAUUUGGUUGUCGGGUUUGCAUAUCCCUGAAUCAUUUUUAAUGGCUUUAACACAAACAACAUGCCGUCGUAAUGGUUGGCCGUUAGAUAAAAGUGCACUGUUUACAACCGUAACACAAUAUACCGAUUCAUCUGAAGUCCAAGAACGUGCACAUCAAGGAUGUUUUGUUCAAGGACUUUAUUUAGAAGGAGCAAGUUGGGAUUUAACAAAAGGUUGUUUAAAACGUCAAAAAUCAAGACAAUUAGUUCAGCCUUUGCCUAUACUUCGUAUCAGUGCUAUUGAAGCGCAUCGUUUAAAAUUACAAAAUACAUUUUGUACCCCGGUGUAUGUAACUUCAGAUAGACGAAAUGCAAUGGGAGUUGGAUUAGUUUUUGAAGCUUAUCUUAAAACUGAAGUACACUCAAGUCAUUGGGUAUUGCAAGGUGUAUGUCUUACUUUGAAUACUGAUUAA